CCAAGCUACAGUCUGAAGUCAUGGUAUAAGAUGCAGCUUUCCAGGCAGUAAGGCGAGCUCCUCGCAACUCUCAAUACCAUUUCCCCACUAUUGAAAGCUGCACCUUGAAUCCACCAUGGCACCAAGCAAGUCAGAUAUCCAAAUUGGCUGGUUUGUUACGGUGACAGGCGUCAGCGUAUCAUCUGGCGAACACAUUGUGCUGAAGGUGCCAAACACUCUUAUUGGCGAAUCUCAGUGGAUGAUUGAAGGAGGAGUAAAUGUCUACUGGGAAAAUAUUCAAUCAUGGCGUCCGCCCAAUAUGUCGCGGGAACGCUAUAUUGGGCAGUAAGAGUAAGCAAUUAGAGGGGUAGCCAGGCCCAGAGUUUGGGUGUAUGGGAUCAUGAUGUACGUCAUAAUCAGGUUACGGCUCGGGGCAGACUACUCGGAAUACGAAUAGCAUACCCGUACUUCGGACCGAAGUCGAUGCCAAUCCGCAUACGUAUGUACACAAUUACAAGUAGAUGCAUGCACGUGAAAUCAAAACGGUGUUUGAAAAAGCCCAUACAUGGGUAGGAAAGGCUCGAGCGGUUGGCGCAAGGGGUU